CGGCCGGCAGCCUCCGGGCCGCGCGGCGCGGGCGGCGGCCGAUCGAGGGCGGGGGUCGGCGGCCCCGCCAGCCCGGCCCGGCCUGGGGGCCGUGUCCCGAGCGUCCGCCCUCGCCGCUGCAGCUUCGGCGCACGGCCGGCCGGCCAUGGAGGCCGAGCGCCCUCCGCUGCCCGUUCCGGGCUGCGGGCGCCCCCCGCCCCGUGCCGCCGGCCGGGACCCCGCGGUCGCGCCCGUAUCGGUGCCCGCGGCGCCGCAGGGCCCUGCCGUGGGCGGUGGCUUUGCGGGCUUGGAGUUCGUGCUGCCUCGGGAGCCGGAGCCGCGGGCCGCCGACCUAGGGGCCCCGGGGACGUGGGCGGGGGCGGCGGUGGGGCCCCCGAAGCCGUCGGCGCACAUCCCGGUGCCAGCGCAGAGGGCCCCCGCCGGACAGUCCCGACUGGAUGAAGUCAUGGCUGCAGCUGCCCUCACAAGUCUGUCCACCAGCCCCCUCCUGCUGGGGGCCCCAGAGCCUGGCCCGGAGCCCUGGAAGGAGGCCCUGGGGCGGCCCCGGCACAGCUGCAGCAGCAGUGGCAGCAGCGGAGACUGGGGCUGGGACCUGGCCAGUGACCCGUCCUCUCCAUCUAUCCCCUCGCCCCCGCUGCCGUCUGAGGCAGCCCAUUUCCUGUUUGGGGAACCUGCCCCAAGGAAGAGGAAGAGCUCAGUGCAGGUCCUGUUCCAGUGUCUGUGGAAGCGGUGUGGGAAGGUGCUGAGCACGGCCUCCGGGAUGCAGAGACACAUCCGCCUGGUGCACCUGGGGCGGCAGGCGGAGCCAGAGCACAGCGACGGGGAGGAGGACUUCUACUACACAGAGAUGGAUGUGCUGGCCGACGGGCUGUCCAGCCUGUCCCCCGCAUCCCCCACGGCCUCCGCACCACCCGCCUUCCCCCGCCUGGACCUGCCAGAGCCCCCCACCCUGUCCAGCCUGCUGCGCCCGCUGGCCCUGCCCCCGGUCCCCGUGCUGAGCUCUGGGGCACCCCCUGAGGUGUGCCGUGGUGACGACACCUACCAGGGCUGCCUGGCCCCCGUCGGCCUGGAGCCACAGCCCACCACUGUCAGGACCCGUGUGCCAACCCUGCCCUCCAAGCUUGGUGCCAACCCGAGGAAGCCGCGUGGUGACGCCAAGAAGUGCCGGAAAGCAUAUGGCCUGGAGCGGCGGGACCUGUGGUGCACGGCCUGCCGCUGGAAGAAGGCGUGCCAGCGCUUCCUGGACUGAGCGCCUGCUGGCGCUGCGGCCCGCCCACGGGACUCCGCCCGGGAGGAAAGCAGCUGCCACGGCCCCGGCCCUGGGCUCUUCCCGCCACAGGGUCUGCUUCUCGAUGGUGGGGGAAGUUGGUGACCCUGGACCCCCGAGGCUUGGGGGAGGUCCCACCACUCAAAGUGCCUCUGAAGAAACCAGCCUUUUGCACUAACCCUCAGUGGCUGGCCCCUUGGCCCGGGGUCCCUGGGUGGGGGGUGCCGCCUGCCCUGCCUGCCAGCCCACGGACUUGUCGGGGCCACGUGGGGGCCGGCCUCUGAUGCACUUGGAGGGGUCCCUGCGGGGGGGCCACCCGCCCUGCCUGUCAGCCCAUGGACUUGUGGGGGCCGGUCUGUGAUGCACUUUGAGGGGUGUCGUGGGGGCCUCCCCUGCCCACACUUAACCCAGUGUUUCCAGGGGGUGACGUUUGUGUCGUGUUUGCGAAGCUCAGGUGUCUCGAGUCUGGGCCGCGCCAGGCAAGGAGAAAAAUUAAAGAUUUGGGUUUUUCCAGAA